UGAUGACGUCAUCCAACAGCGCCCCCACAUACCGUAUAGCACUUUCGGGGAUAUCUGCAUGCCUGGUGGAUCAUAGAUAUUAGUCCUCUGACUGAAUAAACAAUGAAGCGUGCGACCAGGAGACGGAGCUCUGUGUGGGACUGCUUUGAACAAGAGGGGAAGGUUGUCCGCUGCAUGAAAUGUGACGCUACAUUGAAGUACUGCGGAGGAGCCACCAGCACCAUGAUGAGCCACAUGAGCAGGCACCAUGCGUCCACCGCACCGCUGGACGAAGACGAGAAACCGGUCAUAUGCCGUGUUCAGAGCCUCGAGGAGGAGAGUACCGCUAAUUCGGAAAUAAUGCAGGUAGCUAUUAUGUCCCCCAACAUAAAUAUCAUGAAUGCAAACCCCACUGAGCGUGACUGCGGAGUGAAGAGGCGCCCGAAGAGGAGCUCUGUGUGGGACAUUUUCGUUAGAGUGGACGACGAGGUUCACUGUACGAUGUGCGACACAAAGCUUAAGUACAGGAGCAGCACCACCAACAUGAUGUACCACAUCAAAAACAACCACCAAGGCACUGCAUCUCCCACUCGGGGGAUUAAUAAAGGUUCUUCUUCUUCUAUGCCCAAUGAUGGUGUGUCGGUCGCAGCCCACACAGAGGUGACUGAGCUCAUCUCCAGAAUGAUUGAGAAGGACAUGCUUCCCAUCAGCCUGCUUAGAGGUGAUGGUUUCCGUGAGCUACUUGCAUACACUGUGCAUACUUAUAAAAUGCCAUCUGCUGAAGAUAUUGUACGCCUUAUAGAAGGACAUUUCCGGGAGAAAGCAGAGGAGCUUCGAGUGCAGCUUGGUAAAGUGGAGAAAGUGUCUCUCACGGCUGACUUCUGGACAGCCCUCCCAUUUCAGAGAUAUGUUACAGUUUCCUGUUCAUUCAUAACAGAAGACUGGCAGGGCAGGUCAGUUGUGCUGCAGACACACAAGCUAUCAUCCGACAGCCACACCUCUGCAGACAGUGUCACAGAAAGGCUUUUUAACACUGUGGAAACCUGGGGUAUUGAUGGGAAAGUGACUGCAUGUGUUCAUAACGACACACAAGGCAUUCUGUUCACCCAUGAGUGUCCCCCUGUCACCUGGGACUAUGCCACUUGCUUUGCUACUACAUUGCAGCUGGCAGUCAGUGUUGGGCUGAGUGAGGAUUUGGUCCGCAUCAUCGUUUCCGCAGGGAAACUAGUCAAACACUUCAAUCACAACUUGCAGGCAUGUGAAGCCUUGGAGCAAAAGCAAGUUCACAUGUGUCUGCCACAGCACAAGCUUAUCCAGUCAAGCAAAGCUAGAUGGGACACAAUCUGUGAUAUGUUUGAACGAUUACUGGAACAACGGUGGCCAAUUAAAGCGGUGCUCUCUGAUCGCACAAUCACCAACCGACAGGAAGCCCAGAUGCUUGAGAUUGAAGACGAUUGCUGGCAAAUAAUUGAGAAUUUCACACCUGUGCUUGCAACUCUGAAAUGGGCGACAACAGUGAUAUCUGCUGAGACAGAAGUGUCCAUUUCAAACAUCUACCCGAUCACAUUCAGCCUUAUUCAGACCCAUCUGGUGCCAAAAGAAAACGAUGUGGAACAAGUCUCCGAGUUCAAGCUGAAGGUUCAAAAGCUACUUCAAAAUCACAUGGAGGUUGACUCGAAUGGCCUCGCCUCCAAACCAGCUCUGAUUGCCGCUAUGCUGGACCCUCGUCAUAAACAUCUCAGCUUUCUGACACCAACAGGAAGACUGUCGGCAAAGGUGAAACUGCACGAACUGGUUGCAAAAUUAGAUGUGAUGACUACUACUGUGGGCCUAAAGGAUGAACACCAAGAGAUCCUGGUCACACCUGAUAUCAGCCAGGAGGCAGCUAUGCCCUCCCAACUGAGAAGUGACACCAAAAACACCAUGAUGUUGCUCCUAGGAGACAACUACAGUUCCUCCUAUGCCACAGACUCUGAGGCUCAGGUCGAUUACUAUUUGAGAGACAUUGCGCCCUCUUUGGACAUAAACCCUCUUGACUGGUGGAAGGUAAAUGGACCAAGAUUCCCCAAACUGGCUACUCUGGCGAGACACUAUUUGUGUGUACCCGGGGUAUCACUGCCGUCUUUAUUGUCAGAGUCUGGGCAAACAUUUGCAAAAAUGCGUACAAGACUGGCCCCAGAGCAUGUUGACAUGAUGAUCUUUGUAAACAGAAAUGCAUAACUUGUAUGACAACCUAUAUUCAUGUUAGAGAAUAGUUACUGUAUGGUAGUGUUAGGUUGACCCUUUGAUUAGAUGUUUCAAGAGUAUGGGAAAAGAAGCUGGUAGGUACUUUUCCACAGUUGAUGUGUUAUAUUUGUAGGCGCAAGCAACGCUAAACAUAUGAAUUUCUUUAGUCGACAAAUGGUUAGAUAUUUUUCCCUCGACAGUUGUAAUGAGCUGAGCUGCAAUCAAAUACCUAACUAUCUAAAUCUUACAUUUAAAUUACAUUACAUUUAGCUGACGCUUUUAUCCAAAGCGACUUACAAUAAGUGCGUUCGACCAACAAAAUACAAACUUGAAGAAAACAGAAUCAUAUAAGUACAUCAGGUUUCAUAGAGCAAAAACAUUUCAAGUGCUACUCAGCUGGCUUUAGAUAAGCCAGUCCUUUAUUAGUAUAUAAGUGCUUUGUUAAUAGUUCUAUCGCUCGAAGUGGAGUCGAAAGAGAUGAGUUUUCAGUCUGCGCCGGAAGGUGUGUAAGCUAUCUGAUGUCGAUGGGGAGCAAAUCAUGGUAAACAACCAUCUUUAGCUGUCUUUGGCUCUUUUUUCUGCUGUAACAAAUGUAAAUGUCCCCUCUGUGGGACGAAUAAAGGUAUUCUGAUUCUGAUAAACCUCAAUUGUAAAAUAAAUGAAGGAAAAAAAGCACUGGUUUGUUCCUUUGUACCAAGAUAGCAUUCUUGAUAUGUGCAUUUACAAUACAGCUAGAAACUCACUGACCAAACUAACCACUGUAUUAUUAACAGAACAAAAUGUGUAUUGUGUCUCUCAGUCUGUAAAGCAAAAAUAAAAUACAUACAGCUGUAA